ACUGGGGCCUUUUCUUUGUAUUUACAUUGUCAUUUUGGUUAGGACUUUCAAGUCCUGGAGCUGGUAGGCAAAGGAGGUUUCGCUUGUGUGUACCGCGCUCGCUGCAAAGCCACAGGACAAGAGGUUGCCAUCAAAAUGGUUAGUUAAUCAUAUCUUCAUUAACUUAUGCUUUUUAUAAUUCCUGACAUUGGACUCUCUUGACUCCUUUGUGGUGUUAAAUAAUUUCAGUGGUAUUUAAAAAAGGAAAACUAAAGAUAAUUCUAUCCAAUGAUUCAGUGAUUCUAUAAGAAUAAUAUUAUUAUUAUUAUUUAUAUUAAUAAAAAUAAUGUUAAUAAUAACAAAAAAUUAAUAGUGUCAUCAAAACUUUGGAGAAUAUUUCUAGGUUUAGUACAUGUAUUUCUACUGAAGUUUUUUAGUAAACCUUGUGAUUUGAAACACAGGCAUGGUAAUCAUUUCAAGUAACUCUGGACCCAAUGUUUCGAUGAUUCUAUCAUGUCAUCAAAACCUUAGCCAAAAAUUUUAAAAAUUAAUAGUUCAAGUAUUUUUACCGAUUUUUUUUUAGUUAACUUUUUAUCAUAAUGUGACUUAAAAUAAGGUCAUGUUAAUUAUGUCCAUUGCACUUGGUAAGUGAACCUACAUGUACUGUAUGUGAAUGUUAAUUAUUUUACACACCCCAUGUAUUUCCUUUUCUUGACACAGAUUGACAAGAAAGCUAUGAAAACAUCAGGAAUGGUAGCAAGAGUGAGAAAUGAAGUUGAAAUUCAUUGCCAACUAAAACAUCCUGCUAUCCUUGAGGUAAUUAAUAAAUUUCAAAAAGUUCAUGUAUCUAAAAAUUUUGUUUCUAAUAAAUGUGUUCCAAAACCAAAAUUUUGAGCAACUUACGAUGUACAGUGUACAUGAGCACCCAUGGGACUUAACAGUUAACUAAUGUCUGCAUUCAUUCAACAUUCUGUACGGGUUAGUGUCUGUUAUGGGAAGACAUCUCUGAGACUUGGAUGAUUGUAAUUAAAAAAAAUAUGUAAGAGAGGCUGCAUGUAACUCCUCGUUGUGGGAAGCGUACACAAUGUAGUGGUUUAUAGUACAGAGGACUUCACGUUGAGAUGAUGUCCAGGUUUAGGCUUGGCUACACUGUAGGGUCAUUAUUGUGUGGUAAUCUUGACACCUUACUGUCAUGGUGCCUCACUGCACAAAGACUAUAUUUUAGCCACUGAAACUGUUUCCUGUCAUGUUUUGCUGUGGAUGGUAAGGAUAAACAUGGAUACCUCUAUUUAAUACUAAAAUUCCUGGUGUUAUUACAGAUAACUAAUUUCUAUAUAUAGCCCCCCGGAAAGUGUAAAAAAAGGAAUGCACUAUGUUGUAAAUUAUUCUGGUACAAGGGUUUGUCCAAUGAAAAUUAAAAUUACCCAACUUCCUGAUGGACGCCAUUUAAGUUUGUUUGAUACAUGUAUGUAUCUUCGUCAACCUCAUAACUCUAAAGGAGCAUUUUAUGUGGAGGUCAAGGUACUACAUUAAGGAAUGACUUUAACACAGAAUUGACCUAAAAAGUGACAUACAGCUGUACAUAUACAUACAUGUACACUGUACAUGUACAUGUUGGCCCUUAAACUGAGGGUUUUAAAAUUAAUUUUUUGAAAUCAAUACUUGUGAGAAAGCUACAUGGGUUGCAUUAUUUAAAUUCAACCAAAAAAUUUCUGGUAAUUACCAUGAAUGCACACUGUCUCUUGGAUGAAAAUAAUGGACAGUACAUGUAACAAUAAUGGAAAACUUAACUUUCAACUGUGAAAUUUUUAGAAUUAUUGUAGCCUUGAAAGAGGUUACAAUUUUAUUGUAUAUGUUGUGGUUCAAUUUUGUCCCUGGUUUAAUUUUUACUUUCCUUUGUUCUAAAAUCAUUAUCAUACAUUACCAUACCCCAAAACAAAGGAAAAUAAAAAUUAAACCAAGGAUAAAAUGUAACCACAACAUAUACAAUCACUGACAUCAUUUUGUUAUUCUUCAGCUUUACAAUUAUUUCGAGGAUUCAAAUUAUGUCUACCUGAUUCUGGAAAUGUGCCACAAUUCAGAAAUCAACCGCUAUCUCAAGAAAACAGGAAGACCAGUGGGUGAAAAUGAGGGUACAGACUAAUUUUUUCUUUAACCAGUAUUGAAGAAUUGAUUAAUAAUUCAUGAUUAAAUUUAACUAGAAUUAGUUUUAUGUUUAAUGAGUUGGCUGUAAAUCACAUCCCAGUUUUCCUCAUUUACAUAAAUUAAACCUUCCCUUCAUGUACCUCUAGAGCUAUAAAUUUAAAAUAACUCAAAUAACAAGGAAUUCAUUAAAAUGACCUCAAGGAUGUAUUUUUAUUUUCACUUCACAAGCAUGAUAAAAUGCUGUACUUGCAGCAAAUCUACAAUUAAUUUUGUCGUACAUAUGUAUGAUGCAGAUUGAGGAGGGUGUUAUCUGCUGAGAGUGGAAUUACAAUAUGGCUUGCUAAUAAUUAAAUACAUGUAAUUAUGCCAAAUACAGAUCUGCCCCACAUAAUAAUGAUAAUUUUAAUAAUAAUAUUUUACGUGUAUCUUUCACUCACAUAUCUUGUCAAAAAAUUUCUUGAAGUUUAAGUUUGAAUCUCAUCUUCAAUUUAUCUUGGGCACAAAGUGCAUGUUACUGGUCAAAUUUGAUAUCAGGUUAAAGAUAGGUAGAUUCUCAAUUUCCUUUGUCUCUUAGGGCAAGGAGACAAAGGAAAUUGAGAAUCAACCUAGUUUAAAUCAAGAUGAAGCUGAAGUCAAAUUUGACCUGUAACAUACAUAAGUACAGCUGUACGCAAGUACUGUUUGUAUGUUCAACAUGCUAAUGUUCAUCUCUGAAGAACAUUUUCAGCCUGAGGAACUUCCCUCAGGUGCAUUCCCUUCAGUUGUUCAAACACUCUCAAGAAUUUAUGGCUCAAAGGGAAGCCUGGGUCAAUGAUGAUUACGAUUAGAUUGAUAUUUAUUUUAUCAUUAUUAUUAUUUUUAUCUUAGUUACUGGGCUGACUUUCUUCUUUUUGUAGCUCGUCACAUCAUGACUCAAGUUGUUAAAGGAGUUUUGUAUCUUCACUCUCAUGGCAUUAUUCACCGUGAUCUUACUCUAGGGAACAUUCUACUCACAAAAGAAAUGGAUGCUGUAAGUUUGUUUUUAUGAUAAGUUUGAAAGGAAAAGAGAUACAAGUUGUACAUAGUACAAUUGGACUUUAAAGUCACUUUUGUAACAUUGAUUAUUAAUUGUGUUAUAUGAUGGACAUUUUCUCCGUUCAAAGUAUUUACACUGUUACCCUGCAAGCAGAGGCUACAUUUUCUUUGUGUGAGCUGUUGUGUGUAAAGUAGCCUCUGCUGACAACCAUUCAAAUCUGUCCAAAAAUGUAAAUGAAUAAAUAAAAAAAACGAGUUUUUUUUCCUGUUCUUGACCAGUUUAGAGCAUUGUAUGAGUCUUGCAUAGCAAAUCAGAGUUGUUGCAAUUUUUUAUUCCUGUGAAACUAAUGCGCCAUUUAAGAACAGACCUGACAAUUAAUUUUGCUUGCGAAUCACAUGACGAAUUUUGCUUAUGCACGAUAGAAAAUUGAAUUGUUGUUGGCCGAGGCUACUUCUCGCACACCAGCUCACACAGCAAAAAUGUAGCCUCUGCUCGCAGGGUAUUACACUGUACAAUGUACAGUGAAUGUAUUAUCAGUAGGGAGGUUAGGUGUUGAGUAUACAUGUAUGAAAAUGUACAAGUGUACUUUGUCCAUUUGCAGAAAAUUGGUGAUUUUGGCCUUGCCACAAGGCUUACUAUGCCUAAUGAGAAGCAUUAUACCAUGUGUGGAACACCUAACUAUAUUUCUCCGUGAGUAAACACUUUAAGAAUCUCCAAUUAAUGCUUGCAUCAUUAAAUAGUUACAGGUAAAUUUACCUUGAAUUCAUCCAACAGCAAUAAUACAAUAAUUAACUGUAAUAUCGGUAUGUACCAAUGUAUGUAGGAGAGUAGGUCCAGUGUUGCUGGUUUUUAUAUACAGGACGUCAUUUACAGUGUAUAAAGGGUUUUGCUUAUCGUUUUUACGUGUUAUCAGUGAAUCUAUAACUAGCGCUUCCAAACUGGCGCAUGACGUCCAGAAGUAGUCCGCUAUCACAACUAAAACCCUGAUAAACAUGUUACAUGGUCACACUAACAAAUCACUAACCACGCAGUACCUGGGUUUCAAUCCAAAGCAUUGUUGGCAUUAUUCGAGGUGGAAACUGCUCCCUUUAUGGUCCACUGUGGUACUGAAUGGCUUCUGUGUUGUCUGCAGGUAUCUAUGCCUCAGGCAUCUCCGUUCCACUUUUUUCUUUACACCAACUGAUAAUUAUAAAGCGACACUUGUAUAUCUUGCAUUAUUUAUAUUUGUACUGUAUCAAACAAAUCACUGUUUUCCAAUGAGUUAGGUGCAACCAAAGCAAUUUAGAGUACAUGCACAGAGAGUACUACAUGUACAAUGUGAUUCAGUGGUGUUAGUAUUAAUGUCUAUUUACAAUGAAAUGGUGAUGAGGGAAAUUAAGGAAUAAUUUCCUACACAUUUUCUCCAAAUGCUAAUAAUUUCCCAAACCUUAAGGCAAAAGAAAUUGUUAUGAUUUGGACAAAACACAAGUGAAAUUAUUCACUGUUUUCACGAGCAUACCAUUUGAUAACGAAUACCUGGCUAUUAAUAUCAUGGGUGACAAAUACACUCACAAUCAUAGGUUUUGACAUUGUUCAUCAAAUUGAUUAUCGAUCAAGAACUCUGCAAUGAACACUUUAGAGCUUGAAUUUUAGCUUAAGUUGAUAUUGUUGAUGUGCUCUUUUGCAUGUUUAGGUUUUCUAAAAUGUCUGUCAAUUCCCUAACAUCUUCAUUGAUUUCAUUACAUUUCAAAAAUUUGCUGUCAUCUUGGCAUUAAUUGACACGUAUGGAAGGUUGCCAUGGCAUUUUUGUAAUUUCACAUGUGAAAUUAUAAAUGAAUGCUGAAAUUUUGCGCCGAAAUUAAGGAGCAAUUUAUAAUUCUACAGAAAAUGUUCUUUUUUUUCUUGUAGAGAGAUAGCCACUAGAGGUCCUCAUGGUCUUGAGUCUGAUGUCUGGUCUCUGGGAUGUAUGCUUUACACCCUGCUGGUUGGAAAACCUCCUUUUGAUGUGAGUAAGAGAUUAUCAAAAAAGGGCUAAAAAAAACUUGAAUUCUAGCUUGGUCUUUGGGCAAGCAGCUCUCGCAUUUUAUUUUCCGGGGCCACCUCUUGCUCCUCUCACUUAAUGAUUUCUUUAGUGAUCCAUGACUGCCUUUACCCUUGCUUAUUUUGCAAGUCAGCUUGAUGCGUUACUUGUCCAGCAACAAAAUCUACCUGGCCCGGACCACUGGACGGGACUUUUUUUGAGCCCUGCCAAAAAAGCUUCCUACACAUGUACAUAUACAUGAUUUUUUUAACAACGUGUAAUAAUAUAAAAAAUACCCAAGGCCUUGUUUUUGCUCUAAGAAAAACUGAGGGGAACCCAGUGCUUGGAAGCUUCAUGCACACUGUACAUUGUAUGAUAUCCAGGGUGCCCAGGAUACAAUGUAUGAAUUUUACUUUUCAGUAUUUGUAUGACAAAACUACAAAUACAUUAAAAUUUCCUAGUCAUCCAGGAGCAAAAUAAUAGCAUGAAAUAAUAGGGCUCUAGUGGUCAAGAGGUGCUGUUAGAACACAGUCCUGUUCUUGCCAGAAUAAAAAAAAGUGUGGUUUACUGUAUGGUAUUUAUUUUGUAGUUUUUAUAUAAGCAUCGAAGACUGCAGACUGAAGUAAUUUGCAAUAAUUUUACCUAAGUCACUCAGCACUACCUGUAUGCCUGUGGUUAGUUUUUGAUUACCAAGAAGAAAGUUCUCUACUUAGGAAUACUUGGGAGAUUGUAUCCUGUGUGAGUGUGAACACAACCAAAGACGUCCAUUUGUAAAUAUUACUAAAAAUAUUAAAUUGGUUUUAAAAUGUUUUAACUUUAGACUGAGGCAGUAAAGAGCACAUUAAACAGGGUAGUGUUGGCUGAUUAUGAUUUACCAAGGUGAGUUUGAACAUUAUUAUAAUAGAGCGGUUUUCAUUUGAGUGUCGAAAAGUAAUUGGUUUUGCACUUUCUACACGAUGCGAUUGGCUUAAAAGAUUCGCGCCACCUUUUCAUCCAAUCAGAAGUAAAACCAAAGCCAAUUGUGACGCGCUCGCAUGCAUUUUCCCGCGCUUUGCGUCAGCCACAUGUAAUUACUUCGAGUUUUGAUUGGUUCAAUGUGUUGUCUGUGUCCUAUGUGAUUGGCCAGAGUAAUUACUUUGGUUUUGGUUUUACGACACUCAAACAAAAACCACUCUAAUGUUAUAGUAAUAUAACAAGGUUUACCCAAAAGAUGUUCAUGUACUACUGUUUUUAGUAUUAAACAACAAUUGACAGUAAUUAUACAGUGAAACCUCUAUUAAGCAGACCCCCAAUUCAGUGGACACCCUCUAUUAAGCAGACACUAAGUAGGGUCCUGAAAUUAACGUAGUUAUAAUUCCCUAAAGUUAUAACAAACCCCUAUUCAGCAGACACCUCUAUUAAGCGGACGCGGACACUAAAAUAAAUUGUAUUUGGCUAAAUUUGUUUGUUAAAAACCUCUAUUAAGCAAACACAAGACUGAAUUGACAAUAGUAGUAUUGGAUAUUCCUUGAAAUAUGUACUGUAGUCGAUAAAUAAAGAUAAAUCAAUUCAUUUAUCUGUCAAUGAACUGUAGAUUAGGCCGAAAGUCUUGCACAAAGAACAGGGCAGCUUCCUUAGCUUCCUUAGUAACAUGGAUCUUUAUCAAAGUACAGAGUAACUGUUGAAAGUUAAUCGUCAACAAACAUUGCGCCAUUUUUGCAAACCUCUAUUAAGCGGACACUUGGGAAGGUUUGCUUAGUAGAGGUUUCACUGUAUUAUUCUUGAAAGUACAAUGUAGAGUGACUCUGACAGGAUAAGAAAUUACUUGCUUACUGCUGUAAUACUGUACUUACAAUGUAAUAAGCAGAGUUCUUGUUUGUUGGUUGUUUUAUGGUAGUAAUCUGUCGUCAGAAGCUCAAGAUCUCAUUGCGCAGCUCCUGAAGAAGGUACGUUAUAAGAUGAACUAUUUUACAGUUGUCUAAAUGGAUACAAUCUACUGGUGACUUACUUACAACAUACCCGGUACACUGUACAUGAUGUGUACCUGUUUUGCUAGGGAUAACUCUUUGAUGGACAAAAUUUAGCUUUUCUUAUGCAAAAGAGGUUUACAUUUCUGCAUUUUGUGUGACAUAUUUUAUACUUGAAAAACUGGAGUAUGGUAAUGUGGUAUGGCCUAGAGCCCAGGCCUCAAUAAAUAGGGCUAUCUGAAGAAUGAAUUACUAUCCAACCGUAAGUAUUUGGGAAACCAAUUUAGUUAUCCAGUGGAUAGAGAUUUAUCUGGUGAAUAGUGUUAACUACCUUUAAAACAACUAACUGGGGCGUGAAGAUGGGAGCUCUGGCUGUGGAAUGUUUAGUACAAAUAAGAACAUCCUUUCUGCCCCCCUGCCCCCUUUCCAUGCUAUCAGACUCUGUAACCUUGGUUACAGCCCUGCUUUGUCAGAGGCUAUUCCUCACCAAAAGCAAACAUGAAAACGUUUUGUAAAUAUUUUACCAAGACAUUGAUGAUUAUGACAAUGAUGAUGAUCAAAGAAUUUUUAAAUGUCCUUCUGAGGCAUGCAGGGAAUUUGCAAGCUGUUACAUAUGCCUUCUAUACAAAUACACAUAAAUAAAUUUGCAUAGUUUUUAGAUACAUGUAAAGUAACAAAUAAGUGCUGAUUAAUUUUUUGUGUUAUGAACGACAUUUUAGAAUCCUGGUGACAGAAUCACCUUGUCAGGUACAUGUACUGAUCUAUGUACUUAAUUCUUAAAUUGUUCUUCUCUCGUACCUCACCUAUUGGUUAUAAGGCAACUACAUGUAGUAUAACCUUGAUACUUUUAAUAGUGAUUACCUAUGUUUAAAAGUAAAAAAAAAUAAUUGAUCGGCCAUCAGUGACUUAAAGGUACCUUUACCAAGGUGUUAGAUUACUGUAAAUCAUUGAUUAGUUACCAUGACAAUCCCUUGGGCUCUAAGAGUGAGCUGCAUUAAUUUUCUCCAAACGAUAUUGAUACGUUAUUGAGAGAAGAGGUUAUGAGAAUCAAUGACAAGAUCACAAUUCUAGCAAGUUCUCUCAACUAAUUUUAAGAAUAAGGAAAAUGUAUGGUCUGAGGCUUGAAGGGUUAAAACAGGAUAAGAGUUAUCAGGACUUCAGACCAUUCAGCCCUGAUUUUUAAGUACUUGUACAGUAGAAAAAACGAACAAACAAACAAACAAGCAACAAACAAUAACCCCCAAAAUUUAAAAGUCACAAGUUGAGGGGUAAAAAAAGCCACUACAACAACAACAACUACAAACUAAAUCAAAAGCAAAAUCAACUGAAAAUUACCUUACUCCUGUUAUAAUGGUUGGGUGGAAAAAGCCCUAGCUCAGUCCGCUAGGCACACAAUAUAGAGUUCGACGUUGUGGGGGGGGUUGAGUUCGUCUAAGUGGGUUAAACCUUUUUUUCCCGAAUAUUGGGGGGUGGGUAAAAUGAGUUCAACUUAGCUUUGAGUAACAGUUCGAGCUAACCAAAUUAGAUUUAGCGUUUUUCAACUGUGCAUAUUGUACUUACAGGGAUUUUAGAUCAUCCAUUUAUGACUCAGGAAAGACUGCUGAAGUACUCCUCAACUGACCGGCUAUAUCCUCCACAGGUAUGCCAUGCAGACUAA